AUGAUCAGACAAGCUGGCGUGCAGGCCUCGCUGGAAGUAUUGGUUGACUUACAGGAAAGCUCCGGCUACGCCGACGAGCUGGCGCAGCCGCUUCGCACGCAGCUGUUACGGAAAGGCGAUGUCGCCAAGCUGAUUGGGAACCGGCCCGUCAUAACGGGCACUCUCGCACGCGUGUGGAAAACCGUUGACAGGAGUUUUACCGUGCGCGUUACGAAUGAGAAGGAUAUACUGAGUCUGCUCCGCCAGAUUACGGAUUUCACCAACGCUCAGAUGCAGAAGUACAUUGAGCAAGGCAUGCCCGCGGUGACCGGAUUAUCCUCCAAUGCUAUGAUACGUCUGGGCAUCUUCAGUGACCACCUCACCAGCCGGCAUCUCUUGCUCAAUGGGCACCAAAAACAACCAAUCCGUGAUCUGAAUCUAGGUUUGCGUACAGUUGGCGAGAUAUUGAGGGAGACGGCUCGGAUGAAGCAGCAAUGCGGCUCUGGGACUAUUUACCGCACAUAA